CAUGAUGUGCUCGCUCGCUCUCCUCGUGCUGAUUGGAGUCAGCGCUGUCUCCUGCCGGCAGCUCGGAGACCCACGAGGUGCGGCCGAGAAUGACCUGAUGAAUUCAGAUUAUGACAGGCAAUACGACUACUACUACCCAGGGUCAGAAGGAACUACCAAAGCACCGACAACCAAAGCACCGACAACCAAAGCCCCGACAACCAAAGCUCCGACAACCAAAGCUCCAACAACCAAGCCACCAGGUUCUGGAGCUUGCCAGUGCGGUGUGGCCAACCCCACGCGCAUCGUGGGCGGGACGGAGGUGAGCCCCGCCCACAAGUACCCGUGGCAAGUAGGCCUUGGGAAGCAAGGCUACUACGGCUACAGCUGCGGUGGAGCCAUAAUCAACAACCUCUACGUUCUGACGGCCGCCCACUGCUUUUUCGACAAGGAAGGAAACCGCCUCUCGGACGAGGGCCUUGUGGUCGGCGUUGGCGACCAUAUCAUGACCUCGUCAAACGAUGACGUGGCAGGAGUAACCAAGGAAGUCCCGGUGGCCAAGGUCAUCCUUCACGAGAGCUAUAACCCAAAAGCGUAUGACUACGACAUUGCGCUGCUGCGGCUGGGCCAGACGCUCGACCUGGCCAGCCACAGCCAGGUUCGGGCCGUGUGCCUGCCCGACGACGACUCCAAGACUUACGUAGGCGAGAACGCCAUCGCCUCAGGCUGGGGUGCCCUGGGUUUUGGUGACUCCCAGCCAGACGCGCUGAGGGAGGUCAUGCUGCCCAUCCUGUCGACAUGCUUGGACAAUACAGGGAUAACCGAAAGGAUGCUGUGCGCAGGAUAUGAGGAGGGCGGGAAGGACACCUGCCAGGGAGACUCCGGAGGACCUCUGUGUGUGAAGGAGGGCAGCAAGUUUGUCCAAGUAGGAGUGGUGUCCUUCGGCGACGGCUGCGCUCAGGCUAGGAAACCAGGAGUCUAUGCCCGAGUGACCAAGUUCUUGACGUGGAUCAAAGAAAAGACAUCGGACGCCACCUACUGCUGAACGCCAUUGCCUCGUUGAAUUCUCUCUUGUUAAAUCUGUUAAAGAUCUUUCCAAAUAAAUUUAGUUGCAUGCUCAA